ACUGUCAAUCAUUCAUCUCUCUUUGUUUCAGACAAGCAACAAACUCUGGUAACUGACACUCUCUCGCUCUUACGUCAUCAACCGUUCGUCCUCUUCCAUUUCUAACCUAAUUUUUCCUUUAAAUAAUCCGCCAUUGAUUGUUCUUCGACCUUCAGAUUCCACUCCUCAUCUGUCACGAUCAAUCAGGCGUUUGAUAUUACAGCCUGAUGAGAGUUCCUUUUAUGAGCCUUGGUAGUUAGAAAUCGAGAAAGCGAGGGGAGAUAUGAACUUUUCAUGUAGUUUCCAGGUUCGUGGUUGUCAAGGUACUAGUUGUGGAACAUUAGAGCAGCUGAACUUGCAAUCAAGUUUUGGUUGUAAUUUUCCUGGCACUCCAAGGUUUGCAUCAAAAGUUGGCUCCAGAAAGAAAUUGAUUACUUCUAGUAGUCAUGGUUAUAAUUCAAGUAAAAUUGCUAAAGGUGAACUGGAUAGUUGUUUGAGGAGUUCUAGCAGGUCAAGGUAUUCAAUUUGUAUACUUAAGACAUCAAGGGGAAAUCUUAAAACAGCUUGCCAGGGGAAUGAUUCAGUUGCUUUCGUAAAUGGGAAUGGAAGGGAUGUAGAAUUUGUUGAGACUAAAAAUGGAGAGAAUUCAAAAGAAGAAACUAGUUACAGUCCAGAGAAAAAGAAUGAUUCAAGGGAUAAGGGAGAAGAAACGGAAGCGGAGUUCCCUACUUUGGAAGAAUUAAAGGAGUUAUUACAGAAGGCACGUAAAGAAUUGGAGAUAGCCCAGCUCAAUAGUACCAUGUUUGAGGAUAAGGCUCAGAGAAUAUCAGAAUCAGCAAUAGCGCUAAAGGAUGAAGCUUUGAAUGCAUGGGAUAAUGUCAACUUGGCGUUGCUUUCUAUUGAAGAGAUUGUGAAAGAAGAGGAUCCCACUAAAGAAGCUAUUCAGAGAGCAAAAAUGGCCCUUUCUUUGGCGGAGGCUAGGCAUCAGGUGGCUCUUGACUCAUUAGAAGUUGCAAAAGAGAAAAGUGCUAUGUUGGGAAGCUUGAAAGAUUACUAUGUAGAUGAAGAUGAAAAUUUGAAUAUAGCGACAGAGGAGGAAACUCUCUUAGCUGCUCAGAAGGAUAUGAAGGAAUGUCGGGUGAAUUUGGAAAAUUGUGAGAGAGCAUUGAUUCGGUUGCAGAACAGAAAAGAUGAGUUGCAAAGAGAAGUUGUUAGGCUGAAUGAACUUGCAGAGAAAGCACAAUCAGAUGCUUUGAAAGCUGAUGAAGAUGUGGCGAACAUAAUGCUUUUAGCUGAGGAAGCUGUUGCUUUUGAACUUGAGGCUACAAAACGUGUUAAUGAUGCUGAGAUUGCAUUGAAAAAAGCUGAGAAAUUUCUUGCCAACUCACUUGUGGAUAGCUCUGAAAGUACAAUGUCCCAAAGUUCGUCAUCUUCAGAUGGGGAGACACUUGGCAACGAAAAGGGAAUUGAAAGAAAUUCAGUUGAAGUCAUUGUUGAUGGAGACAGUGAUGCGAAAACUGAGGAUCCUUUGAGCGAUCCCAUACAAGAUGGCGAGCUAGAUUUUCUAGGAGAAAUGUCUGAAGAGUCUAGAUUUUCUGAUGAUAGCGACCAAGAGCAUGGACAAACAUCCAAAGACACUGAAGAUGAUGCAGAAAAGAUAAAGAAUGAGGUUCAAACAAAGAAGCCAGAAACACAGAAGGAUUUCACAAAGGAUAGCCAGCCAUUGAGUUCUCCUAAAGCAUUACUAAAUAAAUCAUCUCGUUUCUUUUCGGCAUCAUUUUUCUCCUUUGCCGGAGAUGGUACUGAGUUUACACCAGUUACAGUUUUUCAGGGGCUUAGCGAAUCGGCAAAAAAGCAUUUACCUAAUCUGGUAGUUGGGGUUUUGCUUGUUGGCGCAAGUUUUGCUUUCUAUACUAAGCGAGAAGAGCGGAUUUUUCAACUAUUUCGGCAGCCAGACAUUAUCACCACCAGUAUCGAUCAGCAGACAGACAUUAUCGCCACCAAUAUCAAUGAAGUCUCGUCAAAAGUUGAGCCCUUGGUAAGACAGAUAAAGAAUUUACCUGAUAGAGUUAAAAAGCUAAUUGAGAUGCUUCCUCACCAAGAGAUUAACGAGGAAGAAGCUUCUCUAUUUGAUGUGCUGUGGUUGUUGCUUGGCAGUGUAAUCUUUGUGCCUAUAUUUCAGAAACUUCCUGGAGGAAGUCCUGUUCUUGGGUAUCUGACUGCUGGCAUCUUGAUUGGACCUUAUGGUCUCUCAAUUAUACGUAAUGUCCAUGCGACAAAAGCAAUAGCCGAAUUUGGAGUUGUUUUCCUGCUUUUUAAUAUUGGCCUUGAGCUUUCUGUUGAAAGGCUGAGUUCCAUGAAGAAAUAUGUUUUUGGAUUGGGUUCUGCUCAGGUGCUGGUGACAGCUGUUGUGGUAGGCUUAGUUGCCCAUUCUGUCUGUGGACAGCUGGGACCUGCUGCAAUUGUCAUAGGUAAUGGUUUGGCAUUAUCUUCUACGGCGGUUGUCCUGCAGGUGUUGCAGGAGCGAGGAGAGAGCACAUCACGUCAUGGACGAGCCACAUUUUCUGUUUUACUUUUCCAGGAUCUAGCUGUUGUCGUUUUGUUGAUUCUCAUACCUCUUAUUUCACCGAAUUCAUCCAAAGGAGGGAUUGGCUUCUAUGCAAUUGCUGAAGCUCUUGGAUUGGCUGCAGUGAAGGCACUUGUUGCCAUCAGUGCUAUUAUUGCUGGAGGACGGUUGCUGCUUCGCCCAAUUUACAAGCAAAUUGCGGAGAUGCAAAAUGCAGAAAUAUUUUCUGCAAAUACGCUUCUGGUUAUUCUGGGUACUAGUCUACUUACUGCCCGUGCUGGUCUUUCAAUGGCACUGGGAGCUUUUCUGGCUGGUUUGCUACUUGCAGAAACCGAAUUCUCUUUGCAAGUUGAAUCCGAUAUUGCUCCAUAUCGUGGCCUUCUAUUAGGUCUCUUCUUCAUGACGGUUGGAAUGUCGAUCGAUCCAAAACUUCUUGUCUCAAACUUCCCUAUUAUUAUGGGGUCGUUAGGACUUCUAAUUGUUGGGAAGACCAUGUUGGUAGCUGUUGUUGGUAAGCUUUUUGGUGUCUCGAUAAUAUCUGCAAUUAGAGUUGGUCUUUUACUUGCACCCGGUGGAGAAUUCGCUUUUGUUGCAUUUGGUGAAGCUGUCAAUCAGGGUAUAAUGACUCCUCAGUUAUCUUCUUUGCUGUUUCUUGUGGUUGGGAUUUCGAUGGCCCUCACACCAUGGUUAGCUGCUGGAGGCCAGUUAAUAGCAUCUCGUUUUGAGCAGCAUGAUGUCCGUAGCUUAUUGCCUGACGAGAGAGAGACAGAUGAUUUGCAGGAUCACAUCAUUAUUUGUGGGUUUGGACGUGUUGGCCAGAUCAUCGCCCAGCUUCUUUCUGAAAGACUAAUUCCAUUUGUUGCUCUUGAUGUAAGGAGUGAUCGAGUAUCAGUGGGGCGUGCACUAGACCUUCCUGUGUAUUUCGGAGAUGCUGGUAGUCGAGAGGUUUUGCAUAAAGUUGGCGCCGAAAGAGCCUGUGCUGCAGCAAUAACUUUAGAUACACCUGGUGCAAAUUAUAGAACAGUUUGGGCUCUCAGCAAGUAUUUUCCCAACGUCAAGACAUUUGUACGAGCUCAUGAUGUCGAUCAUGGACUCAACUUGGAGAAGGCCGGGGCAACAGCGGUCGUGCCCGAGACCUUAGAACCAAGUUUACAGUUAGCAUCUGCUGUCCUUGCACAAGCUAAAUUGCCGAUGUCGGAGAUAGCAGCCACGAUCAACGAGUUCAGAUCCCGACACCUAUCUGAGCUUACCGAGCUUUCGGAAACAAACGGAAGUUCUCUUGGUUACGGGUUCCAACGGAUCAUGUCGAAACCUAAAUCUUCAUCGUCGUCAUCGUCUUCAUCAUCAUCAUCUUCCUCUUCCUCUUCCUCUUCUACUGCUUCGGAUUCUUCCGAUGAUAACCAAAUCAGUGAAGGAACGCUGGCAAUAUAAACCAUGGCCAUAAAACCAACAAGAAUAAAAUGUACAGAUUGUACAGAAACAUAUAAGAUUUAGAAUUCCUUGAUUUCAUGGACAUCUGUUCUUCCAUUUUGGUAUCUCAGUUUUGCAUAGUUAGUUGAUUCCUGAAAAUGUAGUUUUGACAAUACUACCCCUGCUUCAGUGAAAAUGUAGUUUUUACAUCUCAA